UGUCAUCAAAGAGCUCCAAAAAUUCUUGUCCGUCAGCAUAAGCGAGCCUUGUACACCCCUCAGUCUGGCAAGGCUGUAUGCGGUGUUCUGUGAACUUAAAGGCAUGACUAUUCCUCUACAAUAGCUCAUUCGCAUUCUAUCAUGUCCCGGAUGCAAGCUUCUGUACUCGGCCUCCUAGCGCUGGCCUGCGCAAAAUUUGCGCGUGCAAAGAUCGAUGAAAGUAACUUCGAUGCGGCAAGGAUUAUAGAAAGGGACGUUGCGAUCAUCGGAGGAGGUGCAGCCGGAACAUACGCGGCAGUUCGGCUUCGAGAAGACUUCAACACCAGCAUCAUAGUGAUCGAGCCAAAGAACCGAUUAGGUGGUCACGUCGAUACAUACGAGGUGCCGGAGACGAAUACAACACUCGAGUAUGGCGUGCAGUCGUAUAUGCAAUAUGGCCCGACAGUCGACUUUUUCGAGCGCUUUAGCGUUGAAUUUGGUUCUUUUACAUCGCGACGUCUCGCAACGAUCAACGUGGACGUCGGAACGGGCAAGACACUCGAUUACACGUCACCAACGCUGAACGACACCACAGAAGGACUAAAGAAAUGGCUGCAGUUCGUUGAGAAGUACGACAGUCUGGUUGAACCGGGCUUCUGGAACUUUCCAUCGCCGGACAAGAUACCUGCAGAGUUCCUCAUGCCAUUUGGUGAGUUUGCACGGGAACACAAAGUCGAAGCCGCGGUGCCUCGAAUCGUCACCAUCUCCGGUGUCGGUGUCGGCGACCUACAAAUUCUUUCCACUUUACAAGUCGUGCAAGCCUUCGGAUUGGCGGUCACCAAAGGCGUAUUAGAGGGUACUUUCAUCCAGCCAAAAGUUUCAAACAGUUUGUUGUAUCAGCGCGCAUACAAGCUGCUCAAGGACGACGUUCGCCUUGGCUCCACGAUUCAAGAAACGGAAAGAGACUCAACAGGCGUUCGCAUUGUUAUCCAAUCCGAGAAAGACCAGGCGAAAACUCUCAUCAAAGCUAAGAAAGUCCUCUGGACCCCAUACCCAAGCCAAGACAAUUUAAAACCCUUCGACCAAGACGCCAAAGAACUACAAGUGUUCAAACCCUGGACUCCGGAAUGGGAUUAUGUUGGGGUGGCCAGCAUUCCCUGCAUACCUGAGAACACUUCUGUCCAGUAUAUGCCGAGAGCAGUGGAACCGUCCAACCAUCUCGCCAUCCGAGACUAUGCCUACUUCCUUUCUCUCGGUACGACUGGUCCUUCUGGCCUCAAUUUAUUCCGUGUGAUGCUAGGAGCCAAUUUCUCCCUAACGUAUGAAGAAGCAAAGGUUAUAGUAACCUCCAGCGUCCAGAAGCUGGUCCAAGCUGGAACCCUGAAUCAUACAGGAGACUGCGAGGUUGAUAUCAAAGCUUUAUCCGCUCACAAUGGAGUACUCUGGCCACGAGAAAGCGAAGCCUUAGAACAAGGGUUCGUACAGAAGCUAUACAGUCUACAGGGCCAUCGGAGUACAUGGUGGACAGGGAGGAGCUGGUGUGAGGAGUAUUCGAGCAACGUGUGGACGUUUACUGAUACAGUCCUGGAAAGAUUGUUGAAGUCUUUGGCGUAGCGCGAUGCGAGGCCAUAGUUGUGCGACGAAAAGCUGGAACAGUAGGUAUUGACAGGGUUUGCCGGGCAGAUUGUGCGCUUGAUGAAAUCCAGGUGUGGACAUGAAUUGGAAUACUACUCAGUGUAUGAAGGAAUAAAUCUACCUGUCCUUG